GGGCGCUGUAGUCCGGCCGGAACCUGUUUGCAACCGCGAGUCCCAUGACACCGCUUCUCCUCACACCCCAACCCGCAGUGCCCCUCCCCAGCCUCGGCCGGUCCUCCCGGGACCCGAGCGCGGCGUUCCAGCGAGUCAGCUGUUUCUCCCCUGGGCUCGGACGCGGAAGCUUGAGGGGCGCGGGGAGGAGCUUCGCGUGCGGGGUGAACGCCCGCUCUACGUGCUCGUUCGCUUCGCGACCGCUGCGCGCGAGCCCCGUGUCCCCACGGCGGGCAGCAGCGGCGGCAGAGGCUGAACGCGGAGGGGGCGGAGGGAGCCCGCGGCGGCGGCGGCUACAGCGAAAUGGCGGAGACCGUGGCUGACACCCGGCGGCUGAUCACCAAGCCGCAGAACCUGAAUGAUGCCUAUGGACCCCCCAGCAACUUCCUCGAGAUCGAUGUGAGCAACCCGCAGACGGUGGGGGUCGGCCGGGGCCGCUUCACCACUUACGAAAUCAGGGUCAAGACAAAUCUUCCUAUUUUCAAGCUGAAAGAAUCUACUGUUAGAAGAAGAUACAGUGACUUUGAAUGGCUGCGAAGUGAAUUAGAAAGAGAGAGCAAGGUCGUAGUUCCCCCACUCCCUGGGAAAGCGUUUUUGCGUCAGCUUCCUUUUAGAGGAGAUGAUGGAAUAUUUGAUGACAAUUUUAUUGAGGAAAGAAAACAAGGGCUGGAGCAGUUUAUAAACAAGGUCGCUGGUCAUCCUCUGGCACAGAAUGAACGUUGUCUUCACAUGUUUUUACAAGAUGAAAUAAUAGAUAAAAGCUAUACUCCAUCUAAAAUAAGACAUGCCUGAAAUUUGGCAAGAAGGGGCAAAAAUGUGACUAUUAAUGAUUGAUAAGCACCAGUGAAGAAGUUCUAACUUUUAGCAUGCUGCACAGAAACUGGUAUAACAUGCCUUCAGUAUACUAACACUCAUAUGCUCAGUUUUGUUUUAUUUUGGCAGUUGACAAGAAGUUAAUUUGCUUUAGUGAAAAUCCCUCAUUCCAGCCUUUCUAUAUAAAUAGCUCUUCUUGCUGUUUUAAUGUGGUGCACACUGUAGCCUCACAAACCUGUUAUUCCAAUGUAAUCUGCAGUGUCCUAACUAAAGUUACUGGCUUGGUCUUAUUUGCACAGUUUUUGUGUCUUGUUUGCUUCUUGCAUCUGAUUAACUAGAAUAUUUCUCUUUCCCCCUUUUAAUGUGUGAUGUCACUUGACCCAAUUUAUGUGUAGGAGCACUACACCAUUGGUUUCCAAUACUGCACACAUAAGAUACAUACUUGUGUGCAGAAAGUAUCUUCCUUCAGGCUUGUAAUACCCUUCACAUGGAAGAUUAAUGAGGGAAAUCUUUAUAUUCUGUAUAAAAACAAAAUCAAAUUUAUAUACUAAAAUCAUUUGUCUAAAAAUUUAAGUUGUUUUCAAAUAAAAAUUAAAAUGCGUUUCUGAUAUGCACUGAUUGUGUUGCCUCCAGCUUUUCUUUGCUCUCUAUGAGUGACUGCUUAAGUCACUUGUUGAGAGGGAUUAUUUACUAAUUAUAUACUUCUCAUUCCUGUCAUUCCAUUCCCUUUAAACAGUGGUGACAUCAAAUAUACUUCCACCCAUUGAAUGGGGUGUUUUCAACAACAACAAAAGUGAUAUACUAAAAAAUUUAUUCCUUAAGACUUACUGAAUCAUUUUGAAGCACUUUUGUGUAUUUCAAAACUGUUUUAUAAUCUCAAGUCAUUUAUUAAAAGGACUUUUAAAGAUAA